AUGAUUUCCAGUGACAUAAUUUUUGGGAUCUUCUUUCUCUUUCAAACUUGUAUUGGUUUCAUGGGGAAUUCUUUGUUAUUUACAUUUUAUAUAUACACCUUCUUAAUUCUGCCUCAUAAGAAGAAGACUGUAGAUAUGAUUUUUGCCCACUUAACUUUGGCUAAUGCCCUGACACUCGUAUUCAGAGGGAUUCCAAGUGCAAUAUCAUCCUUGGAAAUAAGGUUGGAGAUGGGUGAUACUAGGUGUAAAGCAAUGCUCUAUAUUCAGAGAGUUACCCGGAGUAUUUCUCUGUGCACAACCACCCUCCAGAGUGUAUUUCAGGCAGUGACUAUUACUCCAAAUAAUCAUAAAUGGGCCUGGCUCAAAUAUAGAAUAUCUGCAUUCAUUCAACCCUCUUUACUUUUCUUCUGGAUGAUGAACUCUGUCAUCUAUUCUGUGAUCAUUUUACAAACUGUGGCCAACAGGAAUAUCACUGAUAUUAGACUUGGGUACCAUGUUGCUUAUUGUAAAAGCAAUGCACACAAUGGCCAGAUAUCAUCAAUAUUUCUAAGUACAUUAUUCAUUCGAGAUUUGUCCUUUCUCUUCCUGAUGACAUGUAGUAGUAUCUACAUGGUGAAUAUCCUCUACAAACACCACAAAGCAGCUCAGAAUGUUCGCAGUAUCAGUCAGUCUUCAUCACACUCUCCUGAAAACAAAGCUGCCUGUGUUAUUCUCAUACUGGUGAGCUGCUUUGUUUUCUUUUACUGGACCAACACCUUUCUUACUAUUUAUCUAUUUUAUACAAGUAAGAAAAAGCAACUAGAGAAGUUUAAUAACUUUUUUUCAUCAUGUUACCCAACCAUCUGUUCUCUCUUUCUAAUUAAAAACGAAAAUAGAAUUUCCAGAAUAAAUUUCAUGAAAGCAAGAAAAAGGCUUCUCUUUUAA